GCCAGACGCCGGCACGGGCGGCGGUAGGCCGGGCCAUCGCUUGCCCUCAGGCUUCCCGUGUGUCCCCUAGACGUACAAGCCGUAUUUCUGCUCCUUGGGAUCGUGGCUUUUAAUAAAAAAAUCCAGAGGAGCUUCACAGCCUGAGAUAGUGGACAGCACUGCAAGUCUCCCAUGCUGGACAGACAUACUCAGCAGAGGAUGAUCUUCAAAAGAGAAUGAAAGAGCUGUUUUGGAGAAAGAGCCAACUGUCUGCAUGAGGACGAUCUCCACUGUGCAGCCCUGUGACAGGCGACUGAAUGCAGAAUUAGAAGCCAAAACAGAAAAACUGGUGCGUCAGGCUGAAGAACUAAUGAAAGGCCAACAGAAGAUACUAUCUCAGUCAAUUUCAGUACAGAGUAAGUCACCUGAAGAUGACAGACAGAGAGAUCCACUCUCUCCUGAAGUUCCAUCUCUUACAUACUCGCUUGCAAAGGCAGAAAACAAGAAGAAAUUUCCUUCUGUGCCCACAGCUCAGAACAGACCAUACUCAGCAAGUAAGGGAAAAAGAACAAGUUCAAGUUCAAAAUUAAGGAACAUGGAAGUACAAAGUGCUGAUGGUGUUGCAGUACUGGAAGAUUGCAUAGGCUUUUCUUUAACAAAAACAAUAAGCAAAGUUGAAGAAAAACUAAAGAAAGGAGCCUUACCAGACUGUCAAGAUGAUGAUAUUAUUCCGAGGUUUGGAAAUGAAAUGGGAGCAGAAGCUCAAAUCAGAUUUCUUAAGGCAAAGUUACGUGUGACACAGGAAGACCUGGCAAAUGUAUUGUUUGAAUGCAGGAAAAAGGAUGAUGAAAAUCAGAAUUUAGAAACUCGACUUAAAGAUACUGAAGAAGAAAACACAAGACUGCAACGAACAAUCAGCCUGCAGCAGUCUCAGACUGAGAAGUACAAAAUGUUGUCACAAGAAGCAAACAAAAAAACCGAAGAGUUACAACAAGAGGUCACUGCACUAGAAAAGGAGUUGGAGAAUCUAAAGCGAGCCCAAAAGCAGGCUGCAACCACUCAGAGUGCAACAGAGGUUCGUUUAAACAGGGCCUUGGAAGAAGUUGAAAAGUAUAAAGUGGAGCUGAAUAAACUGAAGCAAAGCAACAAGGAUGUAGCAAACCAAGAACUCAAAAUGAUCGAAGAAUUAAAAACAGAAAACAAGAAACUGCAGAAACAAAAAGGAGAGCUAAUUACAGGUUUUAAAAAGCAGUUAAAGUUAAUUGAUAUUUUGAAGAGACAAAAGAUGCACAUUGAAGCUGCCAAGAUGCUUUCUUUUACCGAAGAGGAGUUCAUGAAAGCCCUUGAGUGGGGAAAUUAUUGAUCCCAUUAAUUAACUUCUGUUUGAAAGAUGAGUCAGAUGGUACAUUAUUUUGAGACUGCAUACGAGUUCUCAUUAAUAGUUAAUAACUGUUUAUUCCACUGAAUUGAUUUUGUUGAUUUUGCUUAUGUUAAAUAGUUUUAACUUUUGUAAGCCUGAUAGCUUGUGUUGUAAUGUCAUACAAAACACAAAUUCUCCUUCAUUGUCAGGCCAAACUGCCCAUUCUGAAAGGAGCAGAGAAGCACAGACCAUGGAAGGAAUAUUCCAACAAGUGAACUUUGUUAUCGGUUUGCUCUGUUCUAGCAUUUAAAACUGUACCUUCCCUAUGGUAAUAUUCAGUCCAAGGAAGUCAGGAUUUAGUCUAGAAAAUUCCUUGUUGCAACAGAAAUAAACUAACCAGUGAUCCAGUUGAGAAGAAAAUGUCAUGUCCUUUUUAGAACACGUGGUUGGAAAAUUGGCCUUGUCUGUUCUCUGUAACAGAUCUCCCCUCAAAGCUAGCUGGUCUGGCAUCUAAUUUAAGCACCAACAGCUCCUUUAUAGAAAUGACUAUAACUUGUUUUAGCCAUUACAUCUUAGCCCCUGGCUGGCAUAACCAUACAUGAGACUUGCCCGUCAUUGCCCAGACUCCACAGUCCCAUGGAGCUGUAUUGUGCAAAACUGUUCCUUCAGUCAAGGUGAAAGUAAUUAAACCUUUCACUGGCCAUCAGGUGCUUCUUUGGGAUACAGGCAGGAGCAAUGACUCCAUAUUUACAGGUGCUCUACAAGCAUUACAUCCUUAAAAAUUUUAUUAGUCAUCAUUGUAAUCAAUAACUAGAAAACAGAUUCAGGGUAGAUGAGCUGAGCCUAUUGUGUGUGCAUUAAUGAACAGGAACAAUAAAAGCCUAUGCUGCUUGCAUGAA